GAAUUUUUUUUAAAAGUUCUGAAGUAACAUUUCUCUAUUUAAGUUUCACAAAUUGUAAUAUUCCUUGUAGUCUUCAGGAGGAUAAAACCAAACAACACCUAUAAUAUUUAUUUACAAUUACCAAUAAUUAUUUAACAUCUGCAUUAAUGACCUAGUAAAAGAGAGCAAAAAUGAAAUUCACAAGUGUUAUAUCAGAAGAUGAUGCAAACACCAGUGGAGGCAGACAUGCAACACCAGAGGCUCUAGAGAGAAAAGAAACAUGGGGAAACAGUAACAAAACAAGAAUUAACAUGGGAAAAAAUACAAGCUUAUAGACUUGGGGGGAAAUAAUGUUAAACUGAUCUUCAGCAGGAGGGGGAAACCUGAGAAACAGUAAUGACAAGAGAGACCUAGCAUGAUAGUGCACAGCAAAUUUAGAUCAUUUAAUGUCUAAUGGCAACAAACAAAACAAAAACUUGGACUCUGUAUACUGAAGCAUAAAAUACAGUCCCUCUUCUCCAAAUGGCUCUAGUGACCACAUCUCAAAUAGUACAUUAAAUUCUGGGUAACUCAUUAUCAGAAAUACACUGAUAAAUUGGGAAGAGUUUAGCAAAGAGCACAAGGGAUUUAGGAGGCAGAAAGCAUCGAUGUAUGAAGAAAGAUUAAAAUAUCGUAAUAUGUUAACUUUAAAUUUGGCUAUAUGACCAUUAAGAUAGAAAAUGCUAAAAAAAAAAAUUAAAAAUACCUGCAAACUGUAAACCAAGAAAGGAGAAUUAUUUAGAGUGUUAAAAAGAGUAUGGUAUGAAAUUAAAUAGAACAUUUAGGCUGCAUACCAAAAAAUCAUCUCCACAGUGAAAUGUAUUAGGAUGCAAUACAAUUCCUCAAAAGGGAAGUAAAAACCCUAUUGCUUGGUAAAUGAACUGUACAGAAUAAUCCUGCCCUGGUUGGGAGGUGGAACCCUGAAUGAUUUAAUGCACUGUCCAUAUUUAAUAUCUUGAUUAUUUUAUAGCAACUCUAAAAUGUUACACAAGCACUGAGGGAAUGUUUUAUACUUAGAAAUACAUCACAAUAAUUACAUCUGACAAACAUAUGAAGCGGGAUGCCAGACAAAUAUCAGUUAGUAUUCUACUGACAGUUGUAACUUUAAAACCAGACUUCAAAUCUGUUCUAGAACCAGACAUCUUGCAACAUCACAAAGAGUGAUACAGUUCCCAUGGCAGAGUCCAAAAUUCUGCCUUUCCUUUGGGCCGUGUAUUCGCACUACAAACUAAAUUUAUUUUACCAUGGGUAACAUAACCAAGGGAGCCAGCACACCCACAACUGAGUCUGAUCCUUUCACUUACUCCCUUUCUUCCUGUAGGCGGAAGGGAUUUAAGCCACUUCAGGCAAAACUGUAUGAAGCAAUAAUGAAAGAUGACAGCACCAACAUUAAAGCUUUACUAGCACUCCAACCUGUCAAUGAACCACUGAUUGUUUGGGAUAACUCUGCAUGCAGAAGAACACUGUCAAUCCAGGAUCAGUCUAUUCUUCCAAUUCACUUAGCUGCCAAACACAGAAGAGAAAAGAGUUUGCGUUGUUUGCUAGAAUCUGGUGCUGACCCAAAACUAAGAGAUAACAGAGGUUACACAGCACUUCACCUCCUCCUACUACACUGGCCAAAUAUUUAUCUAACUGGAACAGGCAUUUUGACCAGAUUUCAGAGAAACCUGGGAAUUACACAGCAUAAUGCAGAAGAAUGUCUUCGCAUCUUGUGUGAGAAGGGAGUUCAAACAGAUCCUGAAAUGGAUAGUAACUACAGACACAGCUCCUUACAUUUAGCCCUAUACUCUGGAGCCUCUCGAGCUAUAUCUAUUCUAAUUGAGAAUGGUGCCAACAUAGAUGACAGAGAUGAGUUUGGCCAAACAGCGCUUCACACUGCUGCAGAGCAUUUGAACAAGGAGGUAACAGAAACUUUAAUCACCUGUGGAGCAAACAUUAAUUGUACUCUUCCAACUUAUGGAAAAACUGCUCUUCAGCUUGCAGUGUGCACUGCAUCAUCUAAAGCAGGCACAGUUUUAGCUGCCGAUAUAGAUUGCAUCAAUUUACUGUUAAUGAAUGGAGCCAAAGUAAAUACUCAAGAUUGUGAAGGAAGAGCAGCUAUUCAUGAUGCCUGCUUGGGAGGCAGAAAAGAAAUAGUUGAUCUCCUCGUAGAUUACCAUGCAGAUGUUAACAUUUUAACAAGACAAGGGCAAUCUCCCCUUUUUCUGUUUCUUCAACACAGGUCAAAUCUAAGAUGUACAUCACUGUUAAAUAAGUUGUUAAACCUCUCAUACCCACUGAAGCUAACCAAUAAUCAAGGAGAUCUACCCACUGGACUUCUGCUCCAAGAAUUUCAAAUACAAAAAGACUUUCUCAUAAGAUUAUCACAAAACAUUUUGUCUCUGCAAGACAUCUGCAAACUCACUGUCAGAAGAAUAUAUGGGGAAAAAAACAAACAAUGCUUGAAAAAACAACUUCCCGUAACUGUUUGGAAUUCUUUAUACAACUACCAGGACUACUCACAACUUUGGUAAAUAAAUCUCAUGACUUAAACAGUCACAAAGUUAAAUGAUUCUGGCAGAUUUGAUUAAUGUAUGUGACAUAUGCAGUGACACACACCUACAUGAAAAAGUGAA